AACUUGCUGCCUCGGUUAAUAAAUAGUACGCUUCAGUCUGUCGCAGAUGCAAGUGGCUUCUGAUUAUCAGUGUAUAAGGUGUCAUUAGAUUCGAGUUUCGUUGUUAUUGUUACGAUGACAGAUUCUCAAAACUGUUCCGAUAGUUGUUUUUUACACAAGUUGACAAGCGAGCAAAAGGAAUACGCUGCGAAGGUUUUAAAUGAAUCCGACGAAAAUAGAGGAAAUGCCAUCGCAGAGAUUAAACGAUGGAUUCAAGAGAGUGAUUUGCGUGCGCGAACUGAUGAAUUUUUUAUAUUGCGAUUUUUGAGAGUCUGCAAAUUUGACACAGAGAAAGCAAAGACCAGGAUACAAAAUUUUCAAAAAGUACGAUUUAGCCGACCAGAAUGGUGUUCGAAUCUAGAUCCAUUACAACCAAGACUGCAGGAAUUGCUUAGUUUGGGAAUUUGUUUACCAUUGCGUAAAUUAGACAAUCAAGGAAGAAUGGUUUUCAUUGUGCGCGCUUCGUAUGAUCCAGACGUAUUUACAAUAUCAGAAGGAAUAAAGAUUUUAAUAUUAAUAUUAGAAGUGGCUUUCAAGGACAAUGUGGAAGCAUCCUUAUACGGUUUAGCAGUAAUUAUGGAUUUUCAACAUGCAACUUUGCGCCAUAUUGCUCAAUUGAGACCUAACAUUGUAUGGCACCUAGUUCAUGGAGUGCAGGGAUGCUAUCCCAUAAGAAUUCGGUCACUUAAUAGUAUUAACACGCCGGAAUAUGCCAAAUUUGUUAUGACGAUUGCCAGGUAUUUUUUGAACAACAAACUGAAGGAAAGGUUUCAUGUCUAUUCGCACAAGACGACGCAUGAUUGCUUAAAAAAUGUGCCGGCUAAUAUUUUACCGAUCGAAUAUGGCGGUACUGAUGGUACAACUCAAGAAUUAAUAGAAUAUUGGCAGAAAGUAGUCGAAGAGAAUCGCGAAUAUUUUAUUGAUGAUGAAAAUUAUAAACCAAUUUUAAAAUAGUAGCUCAAAUAGUACCAAAUCAGUUUCACGCAUAAAGCAUCGAGUUGAAAUUGUGUGAAAUUGAAAAAGCGGCAUUGGGAAAGGAUAAAUAAUAUAAUAAAAUCGCUGCUGUUUAGCGCAAAAUAAA